UUCCAAGAUGGCAGCGUCCACGGAGCUCAGCUUGGAGAUUUUACCUUCAGAUCCUCUGCUGUUGAUUUUGUCGUUUCUCGAUUUUAAAGAUUUAAUCAGCUGCAGUCAUGUCAGUCGCAGGCUUCAGGAACUCUCCAAUCACAACCCUCUGUGGAAGAGUCAUUGUCAGAAAUACUGGCUGCUGUCUGAGUCAGAUAAAGCCCAGAGGACUCAGAGCUGGAAGGACUUGUUCAGAGAGUUUUACUCUGAUUUAGGGUGCUAUAUAGAGCACUAUGCAACCCUGAAACGAGCCUGGGAUGAUCUGAAGAGAUACCUGGACCAGAAAUGCCCCAGGAUGAUCGUCUCACUGAAAGAUGGUGUGAAAGAGGAUGAACUGAACGCUAUCGAAGCACAGAUUGGCUGCAAACUCCCUCAGGAUUACCGCUGCUCGUUUCGAAUACACAACGGGCAGAAACUGGUCGUACCCGGGCUGAUGGGGAGCAUGGCCCUGUCCAAUCACUACCGCUCGGAGGACCUGCUGGACAUCGAGACGGCAGCAGGGGGGUUCCAGCAGAGGAAGGGGCUCCGGCAGUGCCUCCCCCUCACCUUCUGCUUCCACACCGGCCUGAGCCAGUACAUGGCUCUGGAGAGCAUAGAGGGACGCCACCACUACGAGAUCUUCUACCACUGCCCGGACCAAAUGGCCCGCGACCCUUCUGCUAUUGACAUGUUUAUAACAGGGUCUUGCUUCACUGAGUGGUUUACUUCAUACGUGCACAAUGUGGUAAAUGGGGGCUAUCCAAUAAUCCGGGACCAGAUCUUCAGGUAUGUCCAUGACAAGGAGUGUGUGGCCACAACGGGGGAUAUCACCGUCUCGGUGUCUACCUCAUUCCUUCCUGAACUCAGCUCUGUGCAUCCGCCUCACUUCUUCUUCACAUACAGAAUCAGAAUCGAGAUGUCGAAGGACGCUUUGCCAGAGAAUGCAUGCCAGCUGGAUAGCAGAUACUGGAAAAUAACGAAUGCAAAUGGAAACGUGGAAGAGGUCCAGGGUCCAGGUGUUGUGGGCGAGUUUCCUGUGAUGCAGCCUGGAAAGGUGCACGAGUAUGCCAGCUGCACCACCUUCUCCACCACUUCCGGGCACAUGGAAGGGCAUUACACCUUUCACCAGCUCAAGAACAAGGAGGUGGUGUUCAACAUCACCAUCCCUCGCUUCCACAUGGUCUGCCCUCCAUUCCGCAAGUCUGUGGUGCGGACGGGAUCAGCAAAUGAUGUCUCCAGUACCUCGUGGAACGAUGAAGAGAACUCAACAGACACUGAUGAUUAUGAAGAUGCAGAGCAGGGAGGGCUUGGUUUCCCAGCCCCCAGCGGACACUGUCCACGGCGUAUCUGAUGCACUUUUAUACCACGGGACUUUGGGAGCGGGGCAUGGGAUCUUGAGACCUACAGGGUGGCUGACAGUGUCUGUGAUGUGGCUUUAUACUUGCCUCUAACCUUUUCGUGUGUGUGUGUGUGAAAACCUCAAAUACCUUGUGCCCGAUUUCCCACAGUGGGCAAAAUUCUCAUGUUAUUCAUUUAGUGUUGCCAUUAGUGUUGUCGUUCACCAAUAUUGCGAGUGUACAGUUUUAUUAUUGCUGGUAGGAAGACACUGCAGCCUUUUAUAGUUUAUUUAUACCUCCAGUUUGAAUGAUGCAGGUAUACCUGCGUUAUCACCUUUUUGUUCAAAAUGAAUAUAGCACAGCAUCUCUGAGUGUAUGCAGUGGUCCCCCUUUACAAGGUGCCCCUUUAUACUGUGGUACUGGUUAGAAGUCCUGGUUUCCAUUAGCAGUAGCACUUUUAUACUCGUUACAAGAUGGGACACAAAUAGCGCAGUCUUGGAACUGUGGACCCUGCUGUAGCGCUGUAAAGGGGAGCACUGUACUUUUGUUACGACGUUACUGUAGAUUUAAAAGAAAUGGUAAUUGUAAAAUUGCUCAUAAUGUGGUCAACUUGAUCUAAAAGGUUGUUAAAGACAUUCCUUUCCUGGCCAAUGGCACAACCGCAGGGGAAAGUAGAACGUUUUUAUAUUUAAUUAGUGCUCUUCUGGAAAACACUGUAGGUACUUGCAAGAGGACUUGCGUCAGAUGAAAUAAGGAGGAGAAAUGAUGGAGGGAUUUGAGUCAAAUGCUCCAGGUCUUCUUUCAAAACUUUAGACAGAUCUAUUUUAAAUUAUAUAUAUAUAUAUAUAUAUAUAUAUAUAUAUAUAUAUAUAUAUAAUAUAU